ACAUAGUGCAUUACCCUUAAACAUAAUAAUGAAUGGUAUGUGUGCUUCCAAAUAUUCACACAACCCGUGACCACAGCUUCUGGUCACAUGCUGUGUGUGCAGCAGGGGUGGACUGACAACUCAUGGGGCCCCCGGGCAAUAGGGGAUCAUGGGGCCCCUGUGUCCUUGCCCAAACUCAAAAAAGCCUAUGAAAAAGGUACCAGGGGCAUCUCAUGGGGCCCCCUACUGACCCCCCGGGCAGUGCCCGAGUUUCCAAAUGGUCAGUCCGCCCCUGGUGUGCAG